GGCGGCGUAUAAGAUUCCCGUGGUGCCACUCGAGCUUUUGUUGCUGUUUUUAUCCCUAAAACGUCCUAUAACUAGAAUAUGCUUUGGAAAAAUUUAUCAUAUUCUAAAAGGAUCCCUUCUUAUGUAACGCAUGGGCAAAGCCAUCAAGCUAUACUUUUGUUCCAUCAGCUUCAGAAAACUGGGUCCAAGAUCACGGAGUUGGUUCUGUCAGCGGUUGCAAGAGUCUGUGGGAAGGUUGGUGCCAUAGAAGAAGGAAAGCAAGCUCAUUGUAUGGUGUUCAAACAUGGGUUCGACAGAGAUAUGAUUCUAAUGACUUCCCUUCUUGAUAUGUACUUUAAAUGUACAGACAUCAAAGACGCUCGCCGCGUGUACGAUGAAAUGCCUUCAAGAGAUGUUGUUGUGAACAAUAACAUGAUUUUUGGGUUAUGCCGGUGUCAGUUGAUAGUGGAGGCGAUCAAUUUGUUUAAUAAUAUGUGUGAACGCGACACGGGGUCAUGGAAUUCUCUGAUUUCUGGGCUUGCACAGAACUCGGAAGAAAGGAAGGCGUUGCUUUUGUUUGGGAAAAUGAGAGUGGAGGGAGUUGAAGUUGACGUUAUGACAAUGUCAAGUGUUCUUUCAGUUUGUGCUGAUCUUGCAGGUUUGGUUAACGGUAAACAAGUCCAUGGGCUGGUGAUUAGAUAUGGGUUUGACCUACACAUACCUGUUGGAAAUGCUAUUAUUGACAUGUAUGCUAAAUGUGGAUGCAUGGAUGAUGCGUGCCAAUUUUUCAAGAACAUGCCUGCCAAGAAUGUAGUUUCAUGGACUUCUUUGAUUGUAGGUCACGGAAAACAUGGCCUGGGAUUGGAAGCUCUCGAGGCAUUUGAUGCCAUGGAAACGGAGGGUGUUGUACCAAACAAGAUCACUUUCUUGGGAGUCUUAUAUGCAUGCAGUCAUGCAGGAUUAGUUCAAGAAGGGUGGAGGAGUUUUAACACGAUGAUACACAAAUACUCGAUCACACCCAUGAUGGAGCACUAUACUUGCUUGGUUGAUUUACUUGCACGAGCUGGCCAUCUCAUGGAGGCUUAUAAUUUCAUAGAAAGGAUGCCAAUAAAGCCGGAGGCAAAGCUUCUAACAGCAUUUUUCAGUUCAUGUUGCUCCCACAUGAAUGUAGAGCUAGCAAAGACCGUUGGACAGAGAUUACUUGAAUUGGAACCCGAACAAGCAGGGACCUAUAUGUUGCUGUCCAACUUUUAUGGACUUGUUGGGGACUUCGAAGGUGUGGCAAAUGUAAGGAGAUCGAUGUUAAAGAAGGGAAUAAGAAAAGAGAAGGCAUGUACAUGGAUUGAGAUAGAUCGAAAAGUUCACACUUUUGAGUCGGGGGAUAGGUCUCAUCCCCGUAGCAAAGAGAUAUACAAGUACUUGCAAAAUCUUGUUCAGAAGCUGAAGAAUAAUGGGUAUGUACCAAACACAAGCAUCGUUAUGCAAAAUGUGGAUGAGCACACAAAGGAAGAGAUAGUUCUUGGUCACAGCGAGAAAUUGGCCAUCACGCUUGGGCUCAUUUGCUCGCCCCCGGGAACCCGUAUCAUGAUAGUUAAGAAUCUUAGAGUAUGUGCAGAUUGCCAUUUAGUUACCGCAUUGAUUUCAAAGAUUGAAGGGAGGGAGAUUGUUGCCAGAGAUUCAAGCCGAUUUCAUCAUUUCAGUAAUGGAAAAUGCUCUUGUGGAGAUCAUUGGUGAGAGAUUCGGGUAAUUAUUGAAUCCCAAUUCCUGCUGGAAGACCCAAUAAGGUUAGAAAUCAUCUUACCGCCUACCCAUGGCUUAUU